AUGGAAACGGAAAGAAAGUACGCAAAUGGAAUACCAGGUAAAGAUAAUGUUAAACAUGAACAAAGCGUACCGUCUGAAGAGGAGAAGACUACGUCUCCGCUGUUAAUCAAGAAUGACAUCAAGUACAUCGAUUCCGUUCAUGACAGCAAGUGUGAUGUCAGAAACUCGGACAACAACGACCUAAAUACAGUGAAUGCGAUGAAAACGGACGAAAAAAAGGAUACACUAAGUGUUGCGUAUAACAAAGACGAUGACGAUGCAAAAUCAACCAAUGAAAGAGUUACAUUCUUGGGCAUUGGUGAUGCAGAUAGUAUAUGUUCUAGCAAAGACAUUGAACAAGAACCACAGAUACCGGACGGGGGAUGGGGCUGGGUGGUCGUAGCCGCCUCUUUUCUUAUCGCCACGGUGGCUGAUGGCUCUGCUUUUUCUUACGGUUUACUGCAGAUUAAAUUUGUGGACUUCUUCGAAACAAGCGAAGCAAAGACUUCAUUGAUUGGCAGUCUUUUUAUAUCGGUUCCAUUGAUAGCUGGACCUAUAAUGAGCGCUCUCGUCGAUCGAUACGGCUGUAAGAGGAUGACUAUGGUUGGUGGAGUUUUUUCCACUGUUGGAUUUGUUGCUGCUUCCUACAGUAACACUGUUGAAGCGUUGUACGUAACGUAUGGUAUAAUUGCUGGAUUAGGAAUGGGGUUACUGUAUGUAACUGCCGUGGUAUCUAUAGCAUACUGGUUUGAAAAACGACGUAACCUUGCAGUAGGAUUAGGAUCAUGCGGUGUGGGAUUUGGUACAUUUGUGUACUCACCCCUGACGACAUAUUUGUUGGAUGAGUACGGUUGGAGAGGAACUUUGCUUCUUUUGGCUGGCACAGUACUUAAUGUGUGCGUUUGUGGAGCAGUAAUGAGAGACCCAGAGUGGCUUAUCAUAGAACAAAAAAAACAAAGGAGACUUAGUAAAGCUAAAAGAGCGUGCAGUUAUACUUCGAUAUCAGCAAGGUCUGCGAAAUCAUGUGGCGGAGAGUCUAUAUACCCUGGAGUUGAAGAGUUGAAGUCAUUAAUGAAUAGUGGUGAUACACCCGAAGACAUUCUUAUGGCCUUAGUUUCGUCUAUAGCAGAAGCAGAAAAUGUGGAAGAGGCUACAAAAAGAAAUGCUGACUCGUCGCAACUUCAAAAAGGCAGUUCCGUCAUUAAUUUGCCUACAUUCUUGCGACAAAAUGAAAGGGUACCAAUUGAAGUAUUGGAGCAACUGAAGUCUAAUGAACGCCUAUACAGUAUUGUUUUGCAAAACUAUCCUUCACUACUUGCUCUGAGAACAUCCUCAGAGACUAAAUUACCAAUCGAGUCUCCAAAGAAAGAUGGAAAAACAAAAAUAAGCAAAAAGGAAAAGAAAGCAUUUGACAAGAAAAUCGAAAAUGUUAAAAAUAAAUUGCUCCAACCAAUACCUGAAAAUAACGUCAUCACUCCAAAAGCUCGUCAGGAUUGGUUUACCAGGAAUAUUCAAGCCGAUCACAACUAUUUAAGGGGUAUUAGAGUACAUCGUAACUCCAUUAUGCACAGAGGUGCUAUGAUGAACAUAGCUAAAUAUAAAUUGAGGGCAUCUUCCUGCCCAGAUAUUUAUAAAAACUCAAUGUGGUCAGUGAAGGAGGAGGAAGAUAAGACAUGGGGAAGGCGUUUCUUGGACAUUAUCAACAAAACGUUCGACUUCAACAUGUUCACGGAAUUUCAUUUUCUUAUGAUGAAUCUGUCUACUUUGGUUCUAUUCAUUUGGUUCAUCGUACCUUACUUCUACAUUUCGACUUUCAUGGAAGAGAGCGGUUAUACUGAGACGCAAGGUGCUUUGAUGCUCAGUACUUUCGGAGUAGCUACCAUUAUUGGAAUUGUUGGGCUUGGCUGGAUGGGUGAUCUGCCAUGGGUGAAUAUCACCAAAACAUACGGGGUUUGCCUCGUACUGUGUGGCGGUACAAUCGUUCUCUUUCCAGUUCUUAUUCGCCUGAUGGAUCCAAAGGAGACAUAUAGCUUCUAUAUUCUCACUUUGAACGCUUUUAUCUUUGGUCUCACCUUCUCAAGUUCGUAUUCCUAUACGCCGAGCAUUUUGGUGGAGCUGAUUGCGUUGGAAAGAUUCACAAUGGCAUAUGGCUUGGUACUUCUUAGUCAAGGCGUAGGCCAUUUGAUCGGACCACCUAUGGCUGGCGCUCUUCGUGACAGGACCGGAUAUUGGGAUGCAGCUUUCUACGUGGCGGGAAUUUGGGUCGUUGUUUCCGGUCUAUUGGUAGCUGUAAUACCAUACACAAAAAACUUUAGGAUUGUUGGAGACGCACCUCUUGCUAAGGAUGCUGCCGGAGAACCCGAUCCCAAUGUAAAAAUAAUAAUCGCUCAUUAG